UUGGGGACAGCAGUGGUCAGUGGUGAGCGAGCUAUGGGGUGUGGUAGUGCUGCUAUAAUAUUGUUAUGCUUAGCAACAACUUCACUGAUGAGCAUUUGUAAUGCUGCAGUCGGCAAUAUGAAAACCGAAGAAUUGGAGUGUAUGUUUCUUGGUUAUCCAGAACUCGAAUACGAUGGCUUCGAUCGAACUGAGGUAUUAACCGAAAAGAAUUUCAAUAAGACGGUUUUUGCUGAAGAUGCAAAAUCGAUCGUCUUCUUUAAUGACGUCGAAGAAGAUGAUCCUGAAUUGGAUCAAUACGAAUGCUUCUUACAGGCACGUGCUACUGCAGCUUUCUCUUCUGCCAAUGAGAUUUCUGUUGAAUGCUUAAAUUAUCUUAUAUGCAUACAUAUGGUCGCUGAACAAUCGCACCCUAAUCAUCAUAUAAAGAUCGAUGAAAUUUUGCAGUUAUCAGCUCAGGUGAUGACAAAACGGGGUUAUAAUUUCUAUACGGUGAACACAACGAAAGAUGUAAAAUUACGAAAGCAAGAAGAAGUCGAGAAAGGAGAAGAUACAAUCCAUGUCUAUAAGGAUGGCUAUAAAAUCGAGUAUUAUGGUGUACGAGAUCCUGAAACGUUCGUCUCAUGGCUUAUGGAUAUUCCGGAUGAUCCAGUGACAAUAAUAAAUGAUGAGCAUGAUAAAGAAGAAUUCGAUUCGUUGGAGGAUGACACAGUUCGUGUUAUUGGCUAUUUUGAACCGGGCAGUGCUGCCUUAAAGGAAUUCGAAGAAGCUGCCGAAGAUUUUAUGGGUGAAAUUGAAUUCUUCGCCGUUGUCAACUCAUAUUGGGCGCGUAAGAUGGGAUUGAGACGUGUUGGUGAAGUGCAGAUGUUGCGACCGUAUGAAGAAGAUCCCAUCUAUGCACCAGUGUCAGUGGAUACAGAGGACGAAUUCGAAGACUGGGUUGAGAAAAAUAAAGAACCAGUCAUGCAGAAACUUACGCUUCAGAAUUAUUUCAAUGUUUGGAAAGAUGCAGAUGAAGAUGAGAAAUUGGUGAUAGCGUUUUGUGAUGAAGAAAGCCGUGAGGGUCGUGCAAUGUUCAAUUUGUUGGAUAAGCUGGCUGAUGAGAACAGUGAGCAUGCUGGAACUUUAAUGAUCGUUCUUAUUGAUCCUGAUGAAUUCCCGUUGAUGGUUGAUGUUUGGGAGGAGAUGUUUGGCAUUGAUAUCGAAGAAGGUCCUCAGCUGGGAUUAGUUGACAUUUCUGAUGCAAUUUGUUUGAUUUGUUACAGCCGUCAUGUUGUUUGCUUGCAGAAAGAGGGAAUAUGGUUCGAUAUGUCACAAGUGAAUCUGGAUGAUCCGAAAAAGCAUCGUGAUAGUAAUCUGGAGGUACUUCAAACAUGGAUUGAUCAAAUUAUGAACGGUAGUAUUUCGUUAGAUGAAGACGAAGACGAUGAGCCAGAGCCAGAACCAGUUACGCCACCACCGAAAACAAGGAAAGGUAAAAAGGAAUUGUAA